AUGGGAAACUGCAUCAGGAAAGGAUCCGCGGCGGAAUGGGGCGGCGAAGACUGGGGAUCGUUCGGGUCGGGCGAUAAAACCCGAAUCGGGAAAAAAUCGGGCGUCGGAUCUUCGGGUAAAAUGCAAAAGAGCAGUCUUCCGGUAGAAGGCAAAGUCGUUACGUCUGGCUGUAUAUCGGCAUCGGCGACGGCGUCAGAUGAAGUAACGGAGGUAAAGGUGAAAAUAUCGAAGAAACAGUUGGAAACGCUGUUGAAAAAAGCCGACGUCGAAGGGCUGUCGACCGAGCAAGUUUUGGCGCAACUGAUGAACGUCGCCGAUCAAUUAGAGGCCCAUCAACGGUCGUGGAAGCCUGCUCUGAAGAGUAUACCGGAGUAG